AAUGCGCUGGCAUGGUGAAGGUGAUGGUGGUGGCGGCGGUGGCAGUAGCAAGCAGCUGCUCGCUGUUCCGUCCGACUUUCGCGAUCCCAUUGAGGAUGUUCUCCCCCAUGUAAAACGCCAGCAUUUUAAGCUUGAAUGCCGCGGGACGUCUGCAAGCGUAGAUCCGCUUCUUCAAACACAGGACAAAUGUAAACAGCUCAAAAAAACUUUCUUUGAAAAAGCAGCAAAAAAAGAGAAAAGCUUGCACGAUUCGUUUUUGCAUGAUGAUCGCUCAGAAUCGGAUCUUUCAGUGGAGUUGAUGAAGAAACAUUGGAAUAUAUCUAAGAAAAAGAAGGAACGUUUCAUGCAGCUUAAUACUGUGCUGAACUCUAAGGCGCUGGGUUGCAAUGAGUUAGUUAUCACAACCUUUUUUUGUUUGUUUUCUGUUGCUUUAUUUAUUUCCGAAGGCAAACCAGCAUAAAACCGUCGCUCGGGUGUCCUGUGCAAUUUUCUUCGCUUCUCUGUGUGUGUAUAUAUGUGUGUUUAUAUUUUGCCGGCUAUUGGGAAGAUCUCACACACCUAGAGACAGAGCGACAAGUUGCCCUGGAUAAUCGCUUUUGCAAAGGAUGGGGGAUUUCGUGGCCCCCGCGGCUGCAAACGGCAACGGCCCUUCGAUCGCCGGUAACACCAGCGGCGGUAUCCCCAAGCACAGCACCGUGGUGCAGAGGCUCCGGCAGCGGAUUGAGGGCUUCAGAAAGCACCACAACAACUGCGAGGUGAGGCGCCAGCAAGCCCAGGCUCAACAGAUUGAACUGGACCGCCAGGAGACCUUGACGCUCCACCAGAGGUGCCUGGAGCUCAAAGCGAAGAAAACGGGCAAGAACAAACAGGACGGAGCUUACAGAAGCAAACUCUGCGAGCCCGAACCUCCUUCCGCCCUGGCCGCCUUACCGGCGGUCGCAGAUCAGAGGACCAACACUCUGAUCGCGCUUCAAGAAACGGUAAAGAGAAAACUUGAAGGUGCCCGUUCGCCACUUAAUGGAGACCUGCAAAAUGGAGUUUCUGACAGCAGUUUCUCCCCGAGCAGCAAGCGAGUUCGAAAAGAGGGAUCUGGGAUAGACCAGGGCAACAGCCUCUCCAACAACGUCCCUAUACCUUCUGUUUCUCCCCUGCACCAAAUUGACUUGAAGCCGUCACUUCCAAUAUCUACCAGUGGAAAUAAUUCAACAGGGUUUGAUGACGGAAAUAAAGAGAGCAGGCAUCCGAGAGUGAGCUUACAGGCUAAUGGCACCAGAGAGGAUGACGACUUCAACUUAAUUUUAGCCAAGGAUCUUAAACAAGAAUUGAUUGAUGAUCCAAGUUGUAUAGACUCUUCAGAUGCUUCCCUUCUCCAUCAAAAUAAACUAUUCUCGGAUAUUAAUCUUAAUGAGCAAGAGUGGCAGGAGUUAAUUGAUGAACUAACAAGCACAGUUCCAGAAGAUGACAUGCAUGACCUAUUUAAUGAAGACUUUGAUGAAAAGAAGGAGAUGGAGGUUGUCAAGCCUACGUCUCAGACCCCGGUUCCAGCAGAUAACCCAAGUAUAAAGAGUGAAAUGUGUCAGUCUCCUUUUAAUCAGUUGUCAAUGGGAUCGCCACAGGUUAGACCAUCUUCAUCAGGCCCUCCAUUUUCCAAUGUCUCCACAGUCUCCAGUGUGUCCUCUGUGUCAAGUAUUUCAUCCCUUUCUGCACCUGCUACUUCACCAGUGACAUCUACAAGCCAACCCUCACAGCAGGCCCCAAGUCAAACUCAAGCACAUGCAAGGUCGGGAAAUGGCUUCUUGAUGACAACGUCUUCUGGGUCAGGGUCUGGACAGGGACCCGGACCCGGACCGGGACCAGGACCUGGGCCAGGGCCGGGGCCAGGAUCUGGUCCGGGAGCUCUACCGUCGACGAGUACUGAUCUUUCCCGAGCAGAGCAGUUGAAGCAAAUGGCUGCCCAGCAACAGCAACGAGCGAUGCUGUUGCAGCAGAAACAGCAGCAACACACGCAGCCACACCAGCAGAAUCAGGCACAUGGUUGGUCCCCUGCAGCCCCGCCACACAGUCCCUUUGGAGGCACCUUUAUUCCAGACAAACCAAAUAGCCCAAUGAUGUACCCACAGGCCUUUAAUAAUCAAAAGCCUAUGGUGCCUGCUAUGACAAGCAACCCUCAGAAGGCCAUGAAUAACUACCUCUCACAAAACCACAUGAACAUAAUGAAUCAACAGCCAAAUACUAUGGGGCAGACCUCUGUGAACAAACAGCCUAUGCUUUCGUAUGCUAACACUAAGCCACUGUCGCAUUAUAAUAUUGAGCCUGUGGGCCAGAGAAUGACCCCGCCAAUGGCUAAUCAGAACAAAGCUCCCAUGAUGCCCUACCUACAGCAACAGCAGCCGCAAGUUCAGCCUCAGACCUCUCAUAUUAGUGAGGAACAGAAGCACAUGCUGUUAAUGAAGCAGAAAGGACUCCUUCCCCAGACAAUACCUUAUGGAGCUCUGCCAAACCAUGGUCCGGAUCAGAAUCCAGUGGGAUCUUCUCGGCCGGCAGGAUCCAUCCAGCCCCCGGUCCCAGGUCCUGGCACUGGGGCCCCAGUGCCCAGCUCCAUGACUGGUAACCCUGGAGGCCCUGGUUACCUUGGAAACCAGCAGCAGGCUGUCAUGAUGAAACAGUUGAUGGAGCAGGAGAGACAGAGAAUGCAUCAGAUUCACAUGAUGGAGCAGCAGAAGCAGCAGUUAUUCAGGGAGCAAAGACAGCAGCAGUUUCUGGCAGAGCAGCAACAGCAACUACAGCAACAACAUGAACAGAUGCAACGGCAUCUGCCCAGACCACACCCACAGUGCAAAGAUCAGCAGAGGAAUCCAUAUCCUGUACAACCGGUCAACCAGUUCCAAGGCACAGCCCAGGAAUUGGCGACAGCAAGGAGUCAAGCUCUCCAGAAUGUGAGAAGUCCCAGAAUGAUUGCACAGAAUCAGGGCAUGAUGCAGAUGCCCGUCCAAAGUUCUGGUGCGAUACCUGCCACCACUGGCCAGUCAGAGAUUGGCAUGGUACCCUACAAUAAUGCCCAGAGCAAUCAGCAAGGAAUGUACAGUGUGAGUCCAGGCAUGAACCAAAUUCUUCAGCAUUCAAACCAAAGUAAUGCGAACAUGGCACGUAAUGUUAGCCAGAUGCAGAAACAGCCUGUUGCAGGACAAGGGGUUGGAAUGGUAGCUGGUUAUGGACAAAACUUACUUGGAAACCCUGUGUUGGUCCAACAGCAACCAGUCAAAGGACCUGUAGGGCAGCAGAUGUCCAAGGCUCAAGUUCAAAGACUACAACUAAUGGCAAGUUCUGGUUCUCCAGCUCAGAGUUGGCAGCAACAUAGUUUACAAAACAUGCCCAACAGAACUCAGGCUAACAAUGAGCUCAAUCCAUUCAACAACAAAUCGGCUUAUCCAGUGCAACCUGGUCAAUCCAAGAUGGCCAAGCAACAUUUUUCCCAGGCAAUGGGUCAGUCUGUUCUUGAGUCUGCUGGUGCAGUUGGAGGACAAAUAAUGCCUCAUUUUGGAGGACAGCCAAGGACCAACCAGUCUAGACAAAUAGUUAUGUCUGGCAUGACCCAGACAGUCCACAACAUGACUGGUUUUAACCAGGCCACAGGCCAACAGUUGGCAGGAGGCUGCUAUGCACAUAGUAACCCAGGUCAAGGAUAUCAUACAAGAACCACAAGUCAGGACUUGACCUUCAAUUAUACCAGCCAAUCAGGGGCUGGUUCCUUCUCUAAUUUGACAGACAGUGUUGAUCUGAUGGACUCUCUAAUCAAAAGUGGAUCAACAGAAGGCUGGAUGCAAGAAUUUGAUGAAAUAUUUGGUAGCCAGCAGUAGACGAGUUUUUAAAAGCUGUUAAAUUACGGCAUCCUCUAAAUAAAAGUGUUUAGGGACCAAGUAAAGUAGACCUAGUUUUGUAGUUGCACUGCUGUUACAUUACGGUGCUGAUGUACAUGUAGACGUGAUACAAACUGUAAUGGUUUCAUGUAAAUAGGUUUUUUAUAAGUCCAAAUGUAAGGCUUACCAUUGGCUCUACUUCCUGUAAAGAAUGGCUCUUUGUUUAACAAAAUAUUGAAGUAUUUUUAUUUCAUCUUACAGUUUUCAAUUCAUCACAAAGCAAUGAUAUUGCACCAGACAAUAUCUUACUAAUUAUUUGUACAGUAAACUCUAAACAGAUGUGUUCAUUGGAUACAAUUUUUUUCUAAAUUUCAUUUUUACUCUGUAUCUUAAGCAGUGCUUGGAACCUGAGCUCCGUUCUUUUUAAACCUGUACAGAAUCCUCUACUGUGUAAAAGUGUGAUGUUGAAUAAUUUUUUUUGAGUGGGGGUUGGUUGGGGGUGGAAAAUGUUAUGUCAAUGAAUCAUGAGAUCUUAUUAAAAAAGAAUUUUAAUGUGACCCAUCGCUAGUAGACGUUUUGUUUACCCAGACAGAUUUCAAGUGUACAAUAGUUAUGAAAUUCAGGUGUAUAUGCUCUUUGCUGUGUAAGCAAAGACCUUCUCCUUUAUUGAGAGGUUAAAAAAACAUGGAACUUUAAACAAAAUGGGAAAUAUACAGGAUCAUACUUAGACUUGUCAAAUUCUCAAUCCCACCUCCAACUUUACCCUCUGGUCUCUGGGCUGAUUCUCUCAAUUCUACACCUAGAAUUCCCACAAUUUGUGCUUGAAUUCCCUCAAUUGGAUUAGUUUGAUUGUCGCCGCCAUCACAGAAAUGGAAUGACUGAAAACAAUCACUUGUUAUGGUUUCUGUGUUUGACUGUGACAUGAGUAAACUAUCACUCCUCAUUCUUCUUAACUUGCCUUCAACCUUUGAUGUGGUCAACAAUACCAUAUUCCUCCAGCAGAUCUUCUCCACUGAACAGAUGGAUGAACUGCUGUCAGCAGUCCACUUACCUAACCAGACAGGGUCAGAAAAUCAUCUCCAAAGGUAUUCUAUCCUUUCCUUGCACCCAGGAUCUAUCCUAUUUAUUAAUUUUAUGCUUCUUCUUGGAAAUAAUCAUAAAUAAAUGAUACUUAAGGUUCCAUAUGUAUAUCAGAGAUAUCCUUGGGUUGCUGCCUAUGACUUUGCUUGUUCAACACCCAGUUUUGGUUAAGCAGAAAGAUGUUCCAACUAAAUCUUGAAGAUAGUUUAUGAUGUUGGAUGCUCGAGAAUGCUGCAUACCCCAUUCUCCAAUCCCCAAAUUUAUCCAUGUUUCUGGAAUGAUAAGCAAAUGAACUAUCAGCAACAUUAAUAUCACUUUUUUUUUAAUCUUCAAAUGAGAAUCUGACUGCAUAAACACUGCAUCAAUGGGAUUGCCAAAACUCCUCCCUCUGCCUGUAUGUCUCUAAACUUGUUGCCUCUACUCCAGUGCUCUGCUGGCCAUCUUCACACUGUAAAUCAGAAUGCAUCCAAAACUGCCUAUAACAUAUAACAUACCUUAUCACUCAUCCCUCUAUUCUUGAACUACAUAGUUCUCUGGUCUGGUAACACCUAGUGUUACGUUUUGUAACUCCAAACAAUAAUAAAAAAACAAGUUAGUCCAGAAUAUGUGUGCUUAGUUUCAUUUUCUUUAGUGAGGCGUAAUGGCAGAUGCCAUUCACAUUCUUCUUGCAUAUAACCCAGAAUGAAUUAUGUAAGCAACGAAUGCUUAAUCAAUAUAUUUACAAUAUUAUUCAAAUAUUAACUGAGAUAUUAAAUAGACUACACCUAGAUUUUAAAAUUCAUCUUGUUUACAGAUCCUUGCAUGGCUUCACCCUUUAUAUUUGUGGUCACCUGCAGCUCUGGAAACUUUUGGGAUUUCUUAUUCUGGCUUCUUGUACAUCACUGCCUUAAUCACUCUAUCAGUGACAGAGGACUGUCAUCUGUGAGUGCUCCUCUCCAUGGAAAUCCACCCUAUAACCUUUCACUUCUGCUCCUCUUUGUGACAAUCUUCAAAUAUGCACUUAAUUGGGCCUAAGUGUAUACUAUAAUCUCCACAGUGAAAUGUUCUGAAGCUUGAAAUAUUUUAACUUAUUGAAGCAAAAUUGUUAUUAUGAAUGUAUGUGUAUUUUGCUGCCG